AAAUGGCGCUUAUAGAGCGCUGUUGAUGAAGAUUUUUGCGGUUGUUUUCUAAAGAAAAGAGAAGAACAAGGAUAAAGCGUUUGAACGUGAGGAAGAAGAUAAAAGAAACAGAAGAGAGAUUCAAGUGCAUCUAGGAGAUAUUGUUUAUAGAUAUUUCAUCUUAAUUUUACAAUUGAUUGAAUAGUGAAUGAAUGAACGAAUAAAAGAAUGGAAAAGAUUCUAUUUUGUGAUUGGAGGUUGAUAAUGAAUAUUCAAAUAUAAUUUGUCAAAUUAGAGCAAUGUUCUCCAUCUUCCGGAUAAAUAUUCACUGUUGCCAUGGUAAAAGAAAAAAAUGGAGAUUAUUACUCGACAGUUGCUGUGACCUUUUAAAUGCUCAUUUGAACGUUGUGAGUUGUUUACUGGUGUCACUGUUGAUUCAUUUUGUACGUUGGAAGCGUUUUGUUAAAGGAGAAACGAUAGAAAAAUGUCGGAUAGCGAUAUAUCGCUCAGCGAUUUGUUUGAAACAAGAAUUGAAGCCGAUGAAUUAAAUGUCGGAAAUGCGGUGGACGACGACGAAAUGUCGAAAUGUCAGCUAAAACUUGAAGAAUUACUUGCUCAGGAACAACGAGAUAUGGAAACGCUUGAAAGUCGGGUAUCCGCUCUGCAUAAUGAUGAUUCGUCAUCACCGCCGCAAGGACCAACCGCUGCAGAGAUUCAAGCCGAAUUGGACGAAUUAAAAGCACUGUUGGAAGCUAAUACAACUGCCGCCGAAAAAUUAGAUAACGAUUACGAUACGGUUAUUAAUAAUUUAAUAACAGAAAAUCCAGAACUUAAAGAUUCUUUACAUCUGGAUACGCCUUCUGCUGUUCUGGCAAAAAAGGCUGGUUACAUAGCUUCCGAUUCUGAGGAUGAAAAGGAAAAGAGGAAAACCGUAUUUAAGCCAAGAGUAACUAAAAAGAAGAGACGCCAACCAACUAUUAUGCCAAUAUCUGUGACCAAUCAAGAAGCUCUGUCAUUAAUGGAAGAAAACGAAUCACCUCUAUUUCGCAAUUUCUAAAUUUAAUUCAAUUUUUAACGGUUUCA